CGCUGCUGUAAACUUAGUCUUUCCAUAGCGGCGUUGAGAACUCGUCGACGCUACUCCCAUACUCGCGGAGGUACACCGCCACACGGUUUCUCAAAUACACAUUUGAGACAAUCCUGGAGCAUAUAGUUCAUAUUUGCACAGGACGGGGCUCUUCACAACCUUUCUAAAGCGGUGUCGGCGAACAUGACCGCAACGAUGUCGCCGAGCGGGCCGCCCGUCGCGACCGACAGUCUAGUGGAAUGUGCGCUCAAGGUGCUGAACUGUCCUGACCCCUGGCAAAAGGCGGAGUACACCUACACGACGGUGAAGUGGUGGCGGGACGGCACUCUGAAGCGGGUGCGGCCGGCGGAGUGGCGACACCUGCGGGCGCCCGACCGGCCCGCGCGCUCAGACGACAAGGUCAAGGUGUGCACGCCCGGCGAGGCCCCCCGCCGCGGCAAGGGCGGCACGCUGGCCUCGCGCCAGGCGCUGCUGCACAGCGCGGUGCACAUCGAGAACUGGGCGGUGGACCUGAGCUGGGACGCCGUGGCGCGCUUCGGGCUGCGCGCCGAGGUGUACGGCCUGCCGAGGGCCUUCUUCGACGACUUCGUGACGGUGGCGGAGGACGAGUGCCGGCACUUCACGGCGCUGGCCAAGCGGCUCGAGGAGAUCGGCUCGCACUACGGAGCGUUGCCCGUGCACGACGGUCUGUGGGAGUCGGCCUCGGGCAGCUCCCACAGCCUGCCCGCCCGUCUGGCGGUGGAGCACUGCGUGCACGAGGCGCGCGGCCUGGACGUGCUGCCGGGCACCAUCGCCAAGUUCGCCAACCACGGCGACGCCGACAGCGCCGCGCUGCUGCGGGACGUGGUGUACCCGGAGGAGGUGAACCACUGCGCGGCGGGGGUGCGCUGGAUCAAGUACCUCUACGACGUAGCGCACGGCCGCCGCGCCCCCGACCCGCUCGCCGACACGGAGGGCGAGCAGCAGACCCAGCAGCAGCCCCAGCAGCAGGAGGGGGCGGACGCGAGCGUGGGGACGCUGGCGGCAAAGCUGGCAGAGCUGGGCGUCAGCAGCGGUGCCAACGGCAGCGGCAGUAGCGUCGGUGCCAAUGGGUCGCAGGGGGACGAGGGGGAGGCGAAGGAGGGAAGGUCGGGGCCGCCGGCGCCCGGGAACGGCGACAGCGGCAGCACGGACGACGGCACGGGCGCGGGCGGCGGCAGGGGUGCGGGGGACAAGGACGAGCUGUCAUGGGUGUCAGACGCCCGCCGGUACGGCAGCGUGGAAGAGUGGUUCCACUCUCUGGUGCGGUCACACUUCUGGGGCGCCCUUAAGCCGCCCUUCAACGAGGAGGCCCGCGCCAAGGCCGGCUUCGGACCCGAGUGGUACCUCCCUUUGGCCGCACCCGCACCUGCUGCUGCCACGGCCGCUGCUGCUGCCACGGCCGCUGCUGCUGCCAAGGCUGCUGCUCCUACGGCUGCCCCUGCUACAGCUGCGCCGCAAGUGGAGGCGGUGGCACACUGAGUUCAGCCCGAGGCUUUGCGUGUGGCCGUGGCGACUGGCACGCACCCGGUGCGAUGCUGGCAGAACGAACCCGCAGACCGGCAGACGCAUAGGGUGGCUGUGUGAUGUGGGGUCGUAGGCAGGUACGCCGGGGGAUAGGAGCUGGGGGUUGGGCGUACUGCCGAAUGUGCCGAUGCUACAGCGCGAUGCAAGGGGCGGUGGCAGCAGGUAGCAGCGGUGGGGCGGUGCGUAUGCAUGUUGUGCCAGGCUUUGUUCAUGGGUUAGCACUGCUGGGGUGCAAGUGACGCACAUCCCGUAACUGUCAUUUCAUGCGUAAAAUGUGAACCACCACCAUCACAAUCAGUGGGCGUCGGCAGGCAGGAGCGGCUGUGCGCGCGAUGCUGCCCUGCUGAGCAGCAGCAGCAGCAGCAGCAGCUACGCCCUGAGCGUGAUCUGCUAGAGGUCGUAGAGCCUGCCGAGCCUGUGAGCAAUACAAUGGAGCGCUCCGAGGGACGAGCGGCAGAGGGAGUUACGGGUGUGUGCGCUGUUGCUGGGCAUCAUGGCGACGGUGUCUCAGAUGAUUCAUUCAGGCAUACAGCCGGUGUGACCAUGUAUUACCCAAGGACGCUACUCGGGCAACGGGGUUGACCCGUUGUCCCAUGCAGAGCGUCAUAUGUUGAUGAAGCGGGCGGUGAGCUCUGGCCCCCACCGCCUCACACCCCUCGAGCUGGGGGUCAGGCGGAUGGUCCAGGCUGUGCCAUGGCAAAUGCCAACCCAGGGAGGUAUGCCCCCCCGGCCUGUGCGGGGGCGUGUGGGCAGAGAGGCGCAGAGCCCACCGGGCGGGUGACGCCGGGCUCAACCAGUCUCAAUCCGACAUCAACUUGAGGACAUGCCACCAGCAAAGGGCUGUUUUAAGCGAAGGCUCCAGGAGCUUGCCGACUGACCGGAGCUUAAAACAAGUUUUGAAGUAGGGAGCAGUGUUUGAGCGGGAGGUGGUUCAGUUGCAGGGGGUAAGAAGUGCAGGGCCCGGGGUUUCGUGUGUCGCUCUGAAGGCCGCAUGCAUCACAUCGAGGUCUCAAAUGCUGUCUUUCUGGUUUGUUUUAUUAAGUUACGUUUGUGUACGGUAGCUGAUGAGCGAGCAACUUAUGCCGCCGUGCUUCGGAAAGCUAUCGAGUUCCUGGUUCGGAGGCCGCGUGCGCUUGCUGGCGCUCUCUUUUGUUGCCCGCCCGCCCACCCCUCUCCUUUCUUUCAGCGUUUGUUGCUUUGGCGGACGACAUGGGGGCCUUUCCUCUUUGUUGGGGUGCAAGUGCUGUGUUGAUUCAGGUUGGUUGCUGGUCCGGGGGGGUGGUUUCUGCCCGGUGUGUGGUGGCGAGAAGCCAAACCGGGCAGACCAAGUGAAGCAGCAUCCCGGUUGCUGCUGGCUGGUGGUCGGUAAGCUUGGGUGCAGAGACGCCAAGUUUU